AUGGCUCAACCUUUUGAAUCCUGCUUCUCGAUUCGUAAUUUGUUAGCGAACAGUGUGAACCCUGCGCUGACACCACCACGAUCUGAUAUAUCAAUGUCACCGAACGAAUCGAUGUCAUCUAACGAAGAGAACUGUGGAAGUCGGCCCAACUACACGUACAAUGCUUUGAUAACCAUGGCAAUCCGUAGCAGCCCUGAUGGCAAACUAACAUUGAAUGCUAUACAGAACUGGAUCAGUGAAAACUUCCCCUACUACCGCAAAGAUGAGCAGGGCUGGCAGAAUCAGAUAAGACAGACACUGAGCACGAACACUUGCUUCUGCAAAAUUCCACGAGCUAUAAAUGAUCCUGGGCGUGGAAAUUAUUGGGCACUUCAGGCCCAGCAGCCGGUAGUUGGCAGUGAGACGGUGGUUGGAGCGAUGGUGAAUGGUGUACCGCAUCCUCAGCUUCCAAAUGCGGUGUACUUUCCCACACCACAGGAAGUACAGGGAGCUCAUCAGCAACAUGCUUGGUACCAAUAUCACCUGCAUGAGUCGCAGCUUUUAGAGCAGCAACUAAUGGUCCUGCGGCAACAGCAGAUUCAUCAGCAAUACGAGGAAGUGUAUCAAAAAUUUGUUUUCCACCAACAACAAAUGGCGUUCCUAAACGCUCAGCAAAUAUCAGCUUAA